AUGGCCAACUCUCAACAACCCCCCUUCCGCGUCAUCAUCGUCGGCGGCUCCAUCGCAGGCCUCACCCUCGCACACUGUCUCGAACGCGCAAACAUCGAGUACCUCAUCCUGGAAAAAGGCGAUGACAUUGCCCCACAGCUCGGUGCCUCGAUAGGAAUUAUGCCGAAUGGCGGCCGGAUCCUGGAGCAACUGGGUUUGUUUGAGGAGAUCGAGCGUGUGACUGAGCCAUUGUAUCAGGCGAAUAUCAUUUACCCGGAUGGGUAUAACUUCAGUAGUUUGUAUCCGAAGGUUGUGAGUGAUAGGUUCGGAUAUCCGAUGGCGUUCCUGGAUCGACAGCGAUUCCUGCAGAUUGUGUAUGAGAGACUUCGGGCGAAGCAGAACGUUUUGACGGGAAAGAGGGUGGUCGGGGUACAACGGCAGGAGCAUGGUGUUGCUGUUGUUGCCGCUGAUGGAUCGAUGUAUGAGGGUGACCUGGUGGUUGGUGCUGACGGAUUGCAUAGUCGGGUGAGGCGUGAGAUAUGGAGGGUAGCGGAGAGUCAGCCUGGGGCUGUUGGGAAGUGUGAGAAGACGCACAUGACGGUUGAAUAUGCCUGCGUAUUCGGGAUCUCCUCGGCCAUCCCAGGGCUUGAGAUAAGCGAACAGAUCAACGGGAUAUUUGACCAUUUGACCGUGCUGACAAUCCAUGGCAGACAUGGACGGGUAUUCUGGUUUGUGAUCCAAAAGCUGAAUAGAAAGUACGUCUAUCCUGAUGUCCCGCGAUUUUCGGACAAGGACGCCGUACAGCUUCUCAGUCGGCUCAAGGGCGUGCGGUUCUGGAAGGAUAUAUGCGUGGGCGAUCUGUGGAAGAAUCGAGAAGUGUUCUCUAUGACGGCGCUGGAGGAGGGAUUGUUCGAGACAUGGCAUCGUGAGAGGAUGGUACUGGCGGGCGAUAGUGUUCACAAGAUGACACCUAACUUUGGCCAGGGUGCCAAUUGCGCCUUUGAAGAUGCCGCAACGCUCUCCUCACUUCUGCACAAUCUUGUCAACGUGCGUGGAGUCUGCAAGCCAUCGAACGCCCAGAUCGAGCAUCUCCUUCAGCAUUACCGGCAGACCCGAUAUACUCGCAUGGUAGGCAUGUGUCGCGCCGCGGCUUCGGUUUCCCGCGUUCAGGCCCGAGACGGCUUCUUCAACAUCGUCUUUGGGCGAUACUGGGCUCCGUAUGUGGGCAACUUACCAGCUGACAUGGCAUCAAAAGUUAUUGCGGAUGCGGAGAUUGUUACGUUUCUGCCUUUGCCUGCGCGCUCGGGGCGGGGUUGGGAGGUGAAUGCGCGGAAAGGAAAGAACGCAGUGCAGGUAGGAUGGUCGGUUCUGUUUUUUGCACUGUUUGCCGUUGGGUGGUGUUGCAUUUGGCUUCCAAAACCUAGUUUUACGCUUGGUAGAUAG